ACUAGUUCUACAGUGUGUCAAUCUCUGUGAUUUGGAAUGACUGCUUGGGAGCUUCUCCAAUAUGGAGUUCUCAGACAGGUAAUAUGAGUGAGAGUGCCCGGUCUACAGCGCUCCCACCAUCGUCUGCGACCUCCCACGGGAAAAUCAGGACAGAAAACUCUGAAUUACUCACUCUUUUGCGUGAAAAGACAAACGACAGUAGUGGUCAAAUUAAUCACACAACCAGUAGGCUAUCAUCAAAGCACAUUGCUGAUAAUAAUCCUGCACAGCCCCCGGCUUCUGCAGGGAGAAGGUUGGUAGAUUUCAAUAAUCCACGCAAUUUACAAUCAAGCACUGCACUUGACCAGUUAGAGCCCCCUACACAGUUAAAUGUAGACCCCGCAUUAACUAAUACAGAGACUGAAAACCAUACAGAAGAUAACAUAGAAAAUAAAUUAGACUCACAAAUCCUUGUUCCACCUUUGAAUUUAGACACCACUAGAGACAGUGAAGCCAACCAGACUGCUAAAUUUAGUGAACCAUUAACCACUGAUUCGGAGUUGGUCCAGUCAGGUGUAGAAAGAAACAAAUAUCUGCAUGAAGUAUUUGUAAAACCACCACAACUCCCUUCUCAAACUGAUGUUUCUAGUGAUCCAAAUUUGCAUGAAAGUAGAAAGAAUAGUGCAUCAUCAGUGAAAUCACACUCUAGUAAUCCCAGUGCACAUGUUUUAAGUUCUAGAAGUGUUGCUUUGCAUGGUGGCGGCAAAAAUAACUCACCAUUAUAUGAUCAUAAAACAGAAGAAUCUGUUCCUAACAAAGAAAGUUCUGAGAAUCAAGAAAAACAGCUUGUGACAGAAUCUUCUGUGGAUUUUCAGUCAGCAAGGUCUGACAAUUUUGAGGGUAGUGAGUCACCACAUAGCUUAGUGCUUGAUUCUGCUUUGCAUGCUUUAGCUACACCUGGACAAUCUGCUCCUGUAACAGGUCGUCAAACUUAUAAUGUACCAUCACCAAUAUCCAAGCAAAUUCCAAAUAUAGAUUCAUUAUCCCAUUUCAGCAAUCCAGGCGACAGGGAGGAAAAGCCAGUUCCAAGGACCAGAUCAAGUAAACAAGGUAGCACCCUCAGUUCUCGCAGUAUUCCUAUUCCAGGACAAGGGUCAAGUUCACCACGUCAGUCAGCCACUACCAGACUCACAGGCUCACGUGACCAGAGUGCAACAGCCAGAAGCAGCACUGGUGUAUAUGCUGUUGCCAAUCCAGCAGUUCUUGUUGCUCAGGGAAUAACCCCUGCACCCCAUCAGCAAAGUGUACAGUUUACACCAAGGCCACAACCAAGGUCAAGACAACAAAGUCUUGUUGAUUCACUAGAAGCUCCAAAUAAAGAGACAGGUGAGGUUAUAAAAAGAGACCAAACAGGAGAGAGAAGAAAGAGUGCAGUCUCAUUUAAGGAGGAGAAGGAACAAAUAAACUCUCUGCCAACAAACGACCCCUACACUGAGGCAGACAGCCCAGCUCCAGGUAGUGAGCCUGACUGGGACACUCCUAGAGUUAAAGAUAGAGUUCCUACUCCACACGCUACUUCAGAUACCUAUCGCUUCUCACCCACUCAUCCAGUCUGGGAGAAAGAGGACCAAGAGAGACAGAAAAGUCCAGAGCCUUUGGACAGUUCUGAACCACCCAGACCUGUUUCCGAGACUCAAGACAACCAAAGCGACAGGCGUGAGUCUCCUGACAUCCCUUUGUCUCCAGCUCCCCUAGACGAGGACGACAGGAAGGUUGAUUCUGCUUUACUUGGCACCAGUGCAAGUGCCAAAUCAGAGGCUAGAGUUGUCAGAACAGCCUCUUUACCUACCGUAAAGAAAGUGUAUGUUGAGUCACCAACAUUCACUAAAGACGAAGAGGACGAAUAUAGAUUUGUUGAAAGCCGUCUUGGUGAAAUCCAGGAUGAUGUAGAAGACACCUUGAGAAAGUUAGACGAAGAAACUGAAAAGCAACGUAAAAUUAGAAAACAAUUAGAAGAGCAAAUGGCAACAAUGUAUGCUCCAGCUUACGAAGACCAAAGAAAUGGUCAAUCUUACAGCCGAAACCCCCAGUAUGGUGACCCCCCACGGGAAAACAUGGGAUCGUAUAGUAACAUGAGACAUCAAGACGACAGUAGGUCAUAUCAAGAACCGAGGAGAGAAAACAUGGGGUCAUACAGUACACUGAGAAACGAGGAUAGAAAUUCAUACGGAGAACCAAGACGGGAAAACAUGGGUUCUUAUUCCAACAUUAGAAACGAUGAUCGAGACUCUUACAAUGAUCAGAGACGGGGCAGUAGAAAUUCUUACCAAGAACAGAGGAGGGAUAACAUGGGCUCCUACACAUCUGUUAGAGUUGAUGACAGACAAUCUCAGGGCGAUCCACGCCGGGAAAAUAUGGGAUCAUACACAUCCGUACGUAAUGAUGACAGGAAUUCUUACAGCGAACCCAGGAGGGAAAAUAUGGGAUCUUACGCAUCCGUUAAAAAUGAGGAUUUUAAUUCGUACGGUGAACCUAGAAGAGAUAACAUGGGAUCUUACUCUUCUGUGAGAAAUGAUGAUAGGAAUUCUUACGGUGAACCAAGAAGAGACAAUAUGGGCUCAUACUCAUCUGUCAGAAACGAUGACAGACAGUCUUAUGCUGAGCCCAGGAGAGAUAAUAUGGGUUCAUACACAUCUGUCCGUAAUGACGACAAAAGGUCCUAUGGAGAGCCAAACAGAGAAAACAUGGGCUCUUACGCUAAUGUUAAUCAGGAACGUGGGAGAAAUACCUACGAAGAACAAAGGGAUCAAGGAAAUAACCAGAAUGGUUUUAAUCCACUUGAUCGACAGCGGGAUUCUUACGGACGCCAGAACGAGGCUCCGGAUAAUCAACGAUAUGGCGAUGGUCGGGAUGACGACCGAUACGAGGACCGAAAUUAUGACCGAAAGGACGAACAGGGAAACAGGGACAGGUACGAAAACCAGGACCAACAACCCGAAUCAGAACGGUACAAUCCACAGUCACACCUACAGAAUAUGAACUAUGAACCUCAGGACGAAGACCUGAGGAGAGAAGCCGAAUAUCAGGAGGGACUUAAGCAGAGGAUAUCUGAGACCGCGAAAAGAGAUAUGGAGAUUCAGAUACCGCGUCUGCCAAUCCAGAGCGAGCAAUUUCGAGAUUCGCUGGAGGAGGACAAUUUCCGAGACUGGGACAAUCCUCCUCCCAAUCCUUUCGCAAAUGAAGGUGGUCCUCCCCCUCAUCAUCAGGAGCACCACCAACUCAGUCACCGCCAGCACCACCAGCAGUUCGAGGAACCAAAGGUUCCAGAUUUUGUGGACGAGAACGAUACAGCGCGAAUGGAGUUUCUUCAUCCUAAGUCUCCUCGUUAUGAUUUUAUUGAAAUGAAUAAAAUUGACUAUGGUAAACCACACGAAAAAAGUUAUCGUGAAAUCAAGCAUGUUCGGGAGGAGGAAAGUAAAAAACUUGAUAAAGUAUUCAUUCACCCCAGAGUUCCCCCCAAAUCGAAAAAGAAACCCGUUAAACCUGGUCUAAAAUCCGCCCCAAGUAAAUUUCAGGCACAUUCUCCAAUUCAGGAGCUUGAUCCCGACGAUCCAGCCCAGGCACUUUGGGCAAAGCGUUCUGCUCAACUAAAAAAGAAAGACAGUAAAACCUCAUCAGGAAACAGUAAUAAACACCGAGGACUUCAGAGAAAUCAGAGUGACUCGCGUCUUGUGCGACCCUAUGGAGAAGCGCACCAGGUAUAUUCAAAUCCAAGACCUAUUGGAGAAUCCCAUCAGGUACAUUCAAAUUCGAGACCUAUAGGAGAAUCACAUCAAAAACCGAAACAAGUCGUGUACCAUACUUCUAAUAACCAGCAUCUGGAACCUAUUGGAAACCGCCCUGUUCUACCUAUCAUUCCCAGAACAGAACCCCAGUACCAUGCACCACAUUCUGAUUCGCUCAACUUCCCCGAACAUCUAAGUGAUCACCAAUCUCCAACGUUAAGAUCUCGUCCUCUCGACUUGAAGCCUAUUACUCAAGAAAUAGUGACCGAAGAUGGACAGAGGAUUAGUGUGGACAUUAAUUUAAAGGUGCUUAGUCCGCCUCCCGGAAGCGGGACUGGCGCACCCUCAGUGGUUCAUGCGGAAGUUCAUCCUAAGGAACACAGCAGACGACCGACGGGGAUGCAGUAUCAGUUGGAGGAUAACUACCCCCAACCGGAACAAGACUCUCAUCAGAACUACAAUCAGUUUCAGUAUUAUGAUGCUUACCCACGUCAUAAUAAUUACUACCCGGAUGACACGCGCUAUGACCAGGAGAACGUAGCCCCUGGGGGCGGGGAACAACCCCAGCAGUAUGAGGAUACGUACCGGAUGUCGCCCUAUCCCAAGAUUCCCCCGAUCAGCAUUACAGAGGAGGAACUGGACCGACAACUAGGUAGCCGAGCUGAGUUUGAACAGAACGGUUACGCAUCUAUGUACAAGCAACAUAAAAACAAACCGGCGGAGGAGAAGCCGUGGUACCAAGUCUACACGAUUAAGGACUACAGGAAAAUGCAGAACGAAGUCCGGCUGAGUCGAGCGCCACUGGGUCCCGAUCUGGACAACGAGACAUACAAAGAAAAGAUGGAGAAGAGGCACAAACAGUUUGAGUAUGCUAGGAUGGUGAUGGAGAAAAAUCGUCAGGAGCUGGACAUAAAGAAACCCCCAUCUCACCCUCGAAAGGAGGAGGAGAAACCUAAUAAAAGGAAAACAGCAAUUGAGUACUCUAAAGGUAUACCUAAACCUAAUGUCAAACCAAGGCCAAAUCAGUACAAUUCGUACGAAGUGGCAGCCCAGCUUUCCCCCGCCGCCAAAAGAAGCGGCCCUCCGUCCCCCACCCAGACUGUUGACGUCAUAGAUCUACAGAAACUCAAACAAAGACACGACCAGGAAAAACAGAAUGUCGCCUCCAUCAGACAAAACAUGGAAUCCGUACCCCAGAAAGCGUAAACUAUGUCUGUUGGUGUUCAUUUUCCAUAUCGUAACAUUUGUAUUACAAAUAUAUAAAAAGACACAAACUUUAUCAGCACACUUACCGAAAGUAUUAUGUGUUACAAUAUUUGAAUGUAUCACAAACAUGUUUAAAGACACAAACGAACACAUGUACGAAAAAGGUAUGUUUUGUGUUACAGGUAUAGAUUUUAUUAAUCACUGUUUUUACACUAUAAAGCCUGUGAAUUGCAAUGAUGGAUACCGUUCUUAUGAUGAACAGUAAGCAUUAAUUAUACUUUAUAGAUGUUUGUAGCUUGUACACAAGACAAGCUCUUAUAAUAUUGUACAUUAUCUGUUUGUAUAUGUACAAGAGAGAUGUUUACUAUUUUAAUGGUUGCCAAAGAGAAUUCUGUGAUAAAUUAUGUACAAUUAUUAGGUUGUAUGUCAUAUCCUUCAGUGUUGUUAAAGAUUUUCCAAUGGAAUAAUUGAAGUACAUUACUAAAUAAUUAUUUAUUAUAUCAUACACUGUUAGUAUAGAGAUGUUGUUAGUAUACAUGUAUAUUAUACCAUUUUUGUUUAUAUAUACAAUGUAUUAUGAAGCUUGUUAUUUUUCAUUUUAUUGUCUGGAAGUUGAAGCAUGAUUAGCAUGGACAUGCAUGUUUUCUCCAGAGUAGAGAAAACUUUCAGAGAAUUUAAAUCAUAGAAGCAUUUAUCAGUAAAGCAGCUUCUCUCAAUUUUGCUGCUUUUUAAACAGAGAAUUCAUUUCACCUAUUUAUUAUUUAUAUCAUAGGUUUAUUUAUACUUUUUACCACAUGUUAAUAAAUAUUUAUUGACAUUAUAAAUAUAAAUUUAUGUAUAUAGAUAGCUUAUAUGUAGAGAAAGGAAUAUAUACAUAUAUGGUAGUAUUGUCCCGAUCGCUCGUAUCUGUUGCCUUUGUUCCGAGGUUGUGUAUCAUUAUACAUCAACCGCUCGCUGUUCUGUUCGUACAGUUAGUGUCAGCGCUGUAAUAUUUCCACGCUAUUACUUCACUAUGGAAUUCAUAUUCGUUCUUUGUUAAUAUCUAUUCAAGAUUUUAUGUCUUUGUCACUUGAUUAGAAUUUUGUUUACUGAUAUAAUUUGGAUAUUUGUGGUGUAAUUAAAG